AUGCCAAUCGAAUAUCCAGAUACAUGGGGCGCUGACAAGUACUCGAGUUUGACCAUCAAAAAAGUCAGAUUCUGUUCGGUGUACACACUAAUGGGACGCGAUAUGUACAAACUAGCAGUCGAUCGAGCAAAACGCGGUGCUGUCAACUUUUCGGUGGAGCCGGGUGUUGAUCGGCUGAUUGACAUGAAGCUCAACUCCCUCGACAUUUUCAUGGAGUCCGCUUCCCCAAGACACCAACUCUUUUUCCAUUGGUACUCUCUGAUCUUUGAUUUGGUGCACAGCUCGAGACCGCUACCUGAAAAACCGAAGAAGCCAGCCGCGAAGAAGCCCGAGCCUGUCCCGGUACGUCCGGUACCGUAUUCACAACCUCGAAGGAAGCUGGACAGCGAAUUCGAUGCCUGCUCGGUCUUGACGUGCGUUAGCGAAGAGUCGAUCGUUGAAAGCAGUUCCGAAGGGGAGCACAGUUCCGGUGAUGGGUCCUACGGUACUGACGAUAUCGACAAGGACUCCGCUUCCGAUACUGCAGUAGAAGAGGAUACACCCGCGCCACGACCCGAGCUGGCCUUCUUCGAGUUGAGGGGACUCCCCGGACUCAUCCAACUUGCCAGUCACCCUCCUACAAAAGCCGAAAAGUUUGACAAUGGUCCAUUUGGAAAUAUUAAGCUGUACACCGGGCCCGAGCGCAUUGCCAUCCUGCGUAGUGUCGGCAUGCCAAGCCCCUACGAGCGGAAGGCCAUCCGGAAGAUCGCACGAAAAUACUUCGACAAGGACAAUGAGGACUUCCGGCCUUACACCUGCAUCUUUAUUGCAAUGAUGUAUGGGGCGUACAAUGCGGUUAAUGAGAUGUUCGACGAGCUUGUGGCAGCCUAUGGAAAGCAGUUUGUGCCUGGGUCGAUUGACGACAGGACUGGAGGGCCGAUUGGACAAUGUCGAAGUAUUUGCGAGAUGUGGACAAAAUUCAAGGAGAUGCAAUCGAGAACUAAUCAGAAUCAAAUGCCAAUCUCGCUCCGCACCGCCUUCUGUGCCUUGUACCUGCCCAAGGACGACCUGAUCCAGGCGUUUUGCAUCCAGAUGCGACAGGCCUCUGACCUCAGCAAGCUAGUCUUUGUUGGACUGGGACCGCAUCCGGAUAGUAUUCAAGUUGUGUUGGAGCACGCUGAUGCGACUCAAGACUGUCAAUUGGCUACCUUUUUGCUGUUGACUGGGGAAUGUAUCGCUACUCCUGUUAAUGACCCCGAAUUGGCACAAGACCACGUGAGGGAGACAAAGGUCACGGAGAUGUCGAAACUCUACCCGUCGCAUUAUUUGAAGCACGAGAAGGGACAUGAAAAGCUGUAUCAAUCCAGAAUGAGAGUGAUCAUCGAUCGCUACCUGAACGUCUUGACGUCGGCGAAGCUACACAUCAUGCGCUGUGCCUUACAUGGGUUGCUGUAUCCGCCAAAGCAGAGGAAGGACGCUUGGUGGUCCAUCUCGUGCUCCUACUGCUACGAGCCAAUCGUCGGCGCGAAGCAACAUGCCCUUGACAUUCAACAGGAAAAGGAUGAGGCCAGAAGGAGCGAGAGGUUGCGAACGCUAGCCAUGGAUCACCGUGAAGCCCGGACUUCAGAUGAGCAAGCUGGAAUCAAGGUCCCGACCCGAACGGGCCACAGUGCGAUGAGCCAUCCUUAUGUUGAUGCGAGAUGUGAACACGGUGGUCAUGGUGGUCAUAUGAUGGACUGGUUCAAGUCGUCGGACAAGUGCCCAAUUUGUGAUUGUCGAUGCAUCGAGUACAAAGACUUGAAUCCUGUUCCUGUAACGAAGAAGCAAGACCUUUGGACCCGAGGGCUUCAUGCAAAGAGCGACGACGAACUACAAGAAUGGGUCGACAAAAACCAGCACCUGCCGCUAGUGAGAAGAAUGAUCGUUCCGGCUAUGCCCGAAAAGGAAGACUGCUGUAUGAAA